AGACUCACUUGUAGAGUUUCCGUACCUGAGCAUGAUGGUUAGCAACUGAAACAUAUAGUAAAACAAUACGAUAGAACAAUAUUCUCGAGUAUGGGUUUAACGAAGAUCACGACGAAGACUUACAAAAUCGCUGGAAUUGCCGGCAGGGGCGGCGCUGGUCGAGGUCUGGCCACCGUCCAUCAUGGGCUAGAUGGGUCGCGACCGAUCGAACAAGCAACAGGCUCAACACACGUCGCAGCGACCGGGAAGGAAAGGGAACCAGUCGGGCGCUCAAUUCAAAGAUCGCAAAGAAGUAAGAAAUAUGACUAUCGGCGACGAGCCAAGAAUAAAAAUAAAUAAUAGGAAUAGAAAAAAAAUGAAAGACACAAUCAAGACAGAGGAAAGAAGAAGAAAGGGAGAAGGGAAAAAAAUAAAAAAAAAAGAGGAAUGGGGAGGGGGGGGGGGGUGGGUAAGGCAAGAGAAGGGGAAAAAGAGAACAGUAGUAGCAUGGACUGGACUGGAGACUCGACUUUAGACCCUCCGUCCGAGUGGCCGAAUGGGCGGCGCAACAGAUGGAUUGAGUGGUGUGGU